AUGCUCCUGGAGCCGUCCUUAUAUUCUAUUAAUAGCAUACUCAUCUUAGAUAGUGAAGGGAAGCGCAUUUUGACGAAGUAUUAUGACUCAUCGUUUCCAACCGUUAAGCUUCAACUCGAAUUCGAGUCGAAACUCUUCAAAAAAACAAGCAAAACUAAUGGCGCGGAAAUCACGUUGCUGGACGGCGCGACCUGUGUUUAUCGUAACGUGGGCGAUCUUUACUUUUAUGUUGUUGGGGAUGCUAACGAAAACGAAUUAUUACUCGUCAGUGCCCUUCAGUGCUUGUACGAUUCUGUCAGUCAAGCUCUGAAACGAUCAGUCGAAAAGAAAACACUGAUGGAUAAUCUAGAUUUAAUUUUCCUUAUAGUUGAUGAACUGUGUCAUAAUGGCAUACUUUUAGAGUCCGACGCAACCGCCUUAGUGUCUCGAGUUGGUGCAAGGACAGACGAUAUCCCACUUGGAGAGCAAACGGUAGCACAGGCUAUCCAAAAUGCAAAAGAACAAAUACGCAUGUCUUUAAUCAAGUAG